AUGGCUUCUUUGACACGUUUUACUCGGGCAGUUGUACCCAACCUCCGUGUACCAAGAUCGACCUAUAUCAAGUCAGCCUCGACAUAUGGUCUCAGUAGUCCUCGGUUCUUUUCAGCUGUUGCGCCAAAGAUUAAUACCCCCGAAGUGACACUGUCUCAUACAGAUAGUGAUGCCAUCCAUGUCAACUGGCAUGACAUUCAGACCAGUCAGGCCGACCCUCACACUGCUAAAAGCGCCUACAGCUACCUUUGGCUGAGAGAUAACUGUCUGUGCGAACAAUGUGUCCAUCCUUCCAGUCGCCAAAAGCUGCAUUCCUCGGCUGACAUUCCGCUUGACAUUGCACCCACAUCAGUGCGCAUUGAAAAUGGUGAAGCAGAGAUUGUCUGGAACAAACCUUUGCGCCACCAAUCAGAUAAUGUCCAUGUAAGCCGUUAUCCCGUCUCGUUCCUGAACACAUAUCGUUCCGACAAGACAAGCGAGGCUUUCAGAUUCAACCAAAUUAAACCAACUACGUGGUCCCGAGAUGAAUAUGACCUUAAGUGGGUAUCUUACGAUGACUAUAUGAACACCGACGCAGGUCUUCAUGAGGUCGUUCAGCGCCUCUACAAUCGAGGCCUUGUUUUUCUUAAGGAUGUUCCAAUCAAAGACAGUGGUGCCACUGAUGUGGCCGAGCGCAUUGGUCCUAUCCAGGAAACCUUUUAUGGCCGUGACUUUGAUGUGAAGAAUAUUGCAAAGUACCUUGAUAGCCCACCUGGAAUUCAGCUCUUACACAGUCUUCAGAACACAGUAACUGGUGGUGCGAGCAUCUUUGUAGAUUCUUACCGCGCUGCCGAGCUUCUUAAAGAAAGCUACCCUGAAGACUAUGAAAUUUUGCAAAAGACACCUGUUGCCUUUCAUUAUUUGAACAAUGGACACCACAUGUAUUAUCGCCGCCCCACUCUUGUCACAGGUGAAGAUCAAAGUGGACCAGCAUGGGAUAUGCAUGUCAACUAUGCCCCACAAUUCCAAGGACCCAUGGACCACCUUUCCCCUGCCGAAGCAAAGAAAUUUUAUAGAGCCUACCAGCGUUUUGCCGACUUUGUAGAAGACGAGAAACUUAGAUUUCAGUUGACUUUACAGCCUGGGCAACUUGUUAUGUUUGCCAAUCGACGUGUGCUUCAUGGUCGAACUUCGUUUGAUCCUGCCAGCGGUGACCGUCAUCUCAAGGGUACUUAUCUGAACCUUGAUUCUCUUAAAGACAAGUUGCGUGUCUUGUCUGCUGAAUAUGGUUUCAAUACUGGUGUUUAAAAAAUGUAUACAAUAUUUCCUUAUUUUUUCGACUCUUCUUGACCUUCUCUCUUCUUUUUCAAAAAAUAAAAUAUAAAAAGAAAGAAAGAGAAAUAGAGUGGGAAGCAUAGCGUGCAUGUAUAUUUUUUAAGAAAAGAAGAAAAAUAAAUAAAUAAAAAGUAAUUAUAAU